CAUGCCCAGAGCGCGUCUUGAGCUAAGAUCCAAGCCUUGCCAUGGUCGCCGAAGAUCCGGAGCUGCACUUUCUGGCCGCCAAGUACUUCAGGCUCGCUAUGCUGCAGCGACAAGCCCUGACUACUCCGCUGCCGGAUGAGCCGACCGGGGAGAUGCUGAGGCUGGACACGGAGCCGCUGCUGUGGCUGGCGGCCGCCCUGGAGCGCUGCCCAGUGCCGGGGGGCUGGCGGCGAUGGAACGACUCCGGCAAGGAGAUCUACAUCGAUGAAUUCAGCAGCUUACCGCCCAGGACGGUGCACCCAAUGUUGGGCUACUUCCUGAGACUAGCUGCAAUCGUUCUGGCCGCGCCCAAGACAUCUUGCCAAUGGGCGAAGAAGGAGUGCGCGCGGUUCCGGAAAGACCUUGCGGCGGAAUCGCGCCUAGUCCAGCAGCAGUACGAGCAUCCGCAGGCUUGCGGGCUGCCGGAGUGGUACCACAAGCAGUGCGGAUGGUUCACGGAGACGGACCCGCUGCAAGCUCACACGUAUCUCCUGCAGGUGGCCAAGGAUUUGGAAGGCAGGCUGAGCAACACGCACCCGCCUGAAGAUGUGUGCGCGUACCGCCGGGAGUGCCGCUUUUACGACAUUGCGAAGCCGAAAUCGAUGCAGCUGUCGCCGCUGUUCUCAUCGCCAGAGAGCAUACGGAGCAUCAAUGAGACAGAGUUAGAGUGCCAAUACGAACAGAACUGGAACGCGGUGGGUCCUGAGAUAUCAGGGCUUGCGAGCACUCAAGCGACACCACAAACUUGGCAGAGCAGCUCCGACAGCGAGUUCGGAGGCGUGACGUUGCUUCAGAGACGCGUCCGCCUGGAUUUGGACACGGAGGAGCUUCAACAGCCGCAAGCUGAAGGACCAUCAUGCGUCCAGCCCGAUGCGCUUGCAGAGCCUUGUGCAUCAACUCCGCCUUGGAGUUCAGUGCUACCUCCAGCUCCGUUUAUUGGCACCGGCUUCCAUGAGUUGCAGGCGGCACCCGCGUGAUGCGAGCUGCAGUUCUUCUCACAAACUUGCGCGGUUUGCUCGGGCUUGCAUUUGCCUGGUUUCGCAUCGUUUUGAGCA